AUGAAAAUUUAUCUUUAUCUGUUUGUUUGCCUACAUCUAUUUGUCCUUCGUGUUCAUUCAUUAAUCGAUGGGCUCUAUUGUGGCCGAGAAAGCUGUUAUGACUUGCUAAACGUCACGCGAGAAUCGAGUAAACAAGAAAUUGUCAAAGCUUAUCGAGCAUUGGCGAAGAAAUACCAUCCAGACAUGGCAAAAACAGUUGAAGAUAAGCAACUCUACACCGAACGAUUUCGUGCAUUUGCAAAUGCAUAUGAAAUCUUGAAAGACGAAGAAACUAGAGUGGAUUAUGAUCGUAUGUUGGAUAAUCCUAACGAAUAUUAUACACAUUAUUACCGAUAUUAUCGUCAUCGAUAUGCUCCGAAAGUGGAUGUUCGUCUUGUUUUGUUCAUUCUCAUAUCUGUUAUUAGUGCAAUUCAAUAUUAUAGUCAAUAUAGUAAUUACAAUGCUGCAAUUGAUUAUCUUGUGACCGUACCAAAGUAUCGUAUACAAGCUCAGGAAAUUGCUCGCCAAGAAGGUUUAUUAGGUAAUGCUGAUACAUCGAAGAAAGCACGUGGACGGAAAGCAAUUAAUAAACAAGAAGAAGAAGCUAUCAUAAGACAAAUAGUCGAACAGAAACUUGAUAUCAAAGGUGGUUACAAGAAACCAAGUAUUACACGUAUUCUUUGGCUUCAAAUGCUCUUGCUUCCGUAUUAUCUGUUUUUGAAAUUAAAAUGGCAUAUUCGUUGGUUUUUCAAAUUUCAUCUGAAUAAGCAUGAAUUAGGUGAUGAUGAAAAGAUCUAUUUGAUAUGCUGUUAUUUGAAAAUCAAUCGCGAACAAUUCGAUUCGUUACCUGAAAAAGAACAAGAUCAGUUAUGGACUCAGCAGACUUGGAUCAAAGAAAAUUUUCUUGAAUGGAAACGGGAAAAAGAUGAAGAACAAAAGAAGAAAUUAAAUGAAUCGGGUCGUUAUAAAGCUUAUCGUCGUUAUAUGAAAAGUGGUGGACCAGGACAAAUAACAUUUGAUGCGGAUUAA